AUGUCAAGGGGAGACAUGCACCCUGCAACAUGGGGUGCUAAGGUAGGAAAUAGCUGGAGGACAACUAAUGAUAUUUCUGAUACAUGGGACAGUAUGGUUUCAAGAGCAGACAUGAAUGAGGUCUAUGCAGAGCUUGCAAGGCCUGGUGGUUGGAAUGAUCCUGACAUGCUUGAGGUGGGGAAUGGAGGGAUGACAAAAGAUGAGUAUAUAGUGCACUUCAGUAUUUGGGCCAUAUCAAAGGCUCCCCUUCUUCUUGGUUGUGACGUGAGGAACAUGACGAAAGAGACAAUGGAGAUUGUUGCCAAUAAGGAGGUUAUUGCUGUUAAUCAAGGUAAUCAGAUUGUCCUUUGCAUUGACACCCUAUCUUCAUCUUGUGAUCAGUCCAUGUCUGCAUCAAUGAAAUCCAUCUGGGCAGGGCCUCUCACAGGCUAUAGGGUAGCUGUUUUGCUAGUCAACCGAGGCCCCGUGCGUAAUUCUAUUACCGCCCAGUGGGAUGACAUUGGAAUUCCUCUCAACAGCAUCGUCGAAGCAAGAGAUCUCUGGGAGAGGAUAAAGAAAGCUCGAGGGGCCGCUGGUGGAAAAAAUGGGCCAAUAAUUUCUAAUGGGCUAAUAAUAAUUGGGUCCAAUACAAAAGUAGGCUGGGUCCAUUAUAAUUGGAGGGAGGAAAAGAAACCAAGUACGAGAAACGGUACCGAGUAG